UGGCCUCUCCUUCCUCAACAUUCGUCUCUCCUCUUCAUCCAUUUGCAGAUCAGCCUGUCUGGUCUGGACGCAGGCUGCCUUUCCAUCGGUCUUGAAAUCGCGUAGGCCAUUGCAUAGAGAGCAACGGCGCUUCAGAUGCUGGUGGGAUCGCAGGUGUGAAGGGUAAGGGAGGGUGGAUUCCUGCGGAUUCUGGAACGGAUUCUGGAGCUGUGAGGGUCGAAUUUCUGCGAGCUUGAUCCUUCCAUUUUCCGUCAGAUUCAUUCUCUUUCGCUCUGUUUCUGUCGCCGUUCCUCCCUGAUUCCACUGGCGCUGGGAUUGCCAAGUGAUCGACGGGGAAGAGGGUUUCAGCCGUGGUUUCGGCCGUGGUUUGAUCAGCGGUUUCAGCCGUGCUAGACUCUCAGUACGCGACUAUCAUUUCCCGUGUCAGAGCGUCAUGUUAUUGGCGGCAGCUGCGACGGAUCUUACUUCAAAGAGGAAUUCAAAUAGGCGAAUCUGUUAGGAGAAGGAAAACCAGCACGCAUCAUUUCAGCACGCAUCAAACGGCACAAGGACCAGGAGGAACCCCGCGUUUCGAGCUCUAGCCGCAGUCCGCUGUCCGCUGUCCGCUCUCCGGUUUGCCGCGUGAGGCGGUGACUCGCAGUCAGCAUGGCGGCGUCGUGGGCGAAGCAGUUCCGAGCCACCCUUCGGCGCAACCUGCUCAUCAAAUGGCGUGACGGCUCGCAGACGCUGCAGGAGAUCUUCCUCCCGGUGUACAUCAUCGUGCUGCUGAUCAUAGUGAAGGUGCUGCAGCCGGACGCCACGUUUCCCACGGAGCCGGUGGGCGAUGUGGUGGACCCCAUGUGCUACGCCGCUGACGCGCGCACCAGAUGCUACCCCGUCCGAAACGUCGACGCCGCCACCACUAUCGGGUACAUCCCGGACAACCCUCUCGUCCGCAGCGUCAUGGACAGAGCCGUGCUCAACCUCGCCAGGAACCACCCUCGCCUGUCCACCCUGGUGCUGGAGGCUUUUGAGUCCAAGCAGGAGCUCUCAGAGUUCCACUACGCGCACCCCCAGGCGUUGUUCGCAGCAGUGGAGUUUGAGGACAUGGGUCCAGACGCUGUCGCCCUGCCUCCAGACACUCGCUUCACCAUCCGCAUCAACGGCAGUCAGGUGCCGGGCACGUCUAGUGAGCGGGCGAGCAGGGAUGAGUGUCGCCUGGCAGCAGCGGAGUACAUCCCCUCCAUAUGCCGCUCGCAGCAGUACCUCUCCUCAGGGUUCCUGUCGGUGCAGCUGGCAGUGACGUCAGCGCUGAUGGAGACGGCGUGGAAUGGGACGUCAUGUGGCAUGCAGAGCAGCCCCAUUACUGUGCACGAGCAGCACAUGCCGCUCCCCGAACUGCACAAGUCGUUCGCAACGACGGAGUUCCAGCUGUUCUGUGCCAUCUACAUGGUGCUGUCACUCAUCCCCAUGCUGCAGGUCGCCAUCACGCAGAUCGUGCAGGAGAAGGAGAGCCUGCUCAAGGACUGCAUGCUGCUGAUGGGGCUGCGCGAGUCCGUGUACUGGCUGGCGUGGCUGCUGACGUAUGCCUUCAUGGCUGUCAUCACAUCCGCUGUCAUUUCCUUGACAGUGAAGCUGACGUCGCUCUUCUCCGCAUCCACCUUCGUGGCUCUCUUCUGCAUCAUCUUCCCGUACUCCCUCUCCCUCAUCGCCCUCGCCUUCGCCCUCAGCACUCUCUUCACCCAGGUGGGCAAGGCAGCGGCGGCGGCAGCGGGCAGUCUGCUGCUGUGCAGCCUGCUGGUGAUUCCCAUACAGCUGCUGUCCCUCGGUGCAGCCUACGUGUACCCGCUGCUGCUGCUCUCGCCCGUGCCCUUUACCAUCGCCAUCACCACCGUCACCCGCGCCGAGGGCAUGGGGCAGGGUGUCUCGCUCUCCUCCUUCUGGCUUCCCCGAGUGGGAGUGAACCCAGGGGACGACGACAACAUCAUCACCAUUGGCGCGUGCAUCUUCAGCUUUAUCUUCGACACUGCCCUCUACCUCUUCCUCGCUUGGUACCUUGACAACGUGUGGCCUCACCCUCAGCGAGGCCCUAAGAAGCCCGCCAACUUUGUCUUUUCCGCCGCCUACUGGUUCCCCGCCCGCCAUGCCCUGCGCUACACCCAACUGGGGGAGGAGGGAGGGGGCGAUGACACGGAGCAUGAGGGUGAGGAGUGCAGGUUGGACGUGGGCCAAGACUCCGCUGCUCCCUUGCACUCCACCACCUCCGCACCUCUCCCUGCUGCAAUGUCUUCUCACAAUGCCGACUCCGCCAUAGAGGACGUGCGUGGCUUCCGCCCCGCCCUGCUGAUCAAUCACCUCUCCAAGUCCUUCCGUCCACGCGGCCUCCACUCCUCCUCCGCGUCCUCCUCCUCCUGCCUCUCCUCCUUCGCCUCCUUCUUCACCUCUCGCACUCGUAGAGCAUCUGCUGCCACGGUUGAUGGUGAUAGUGCUGCUGCUGCUGAUGGUACUGAUGGUGCUGAUGGUGCUGGUGGUGCUGGUGGUGCUGGUGGGAGCAGUGGGCAUGGGGACGAGCGCAGGGUGCUUGCACUCCAGGGCCUCUCCCUCACGCUCUACGAAGGCCAAUCGUUCGCCUUCCUGGGCCACAGCGGGUCUGGCAAGUCAACAGUGCUGAGCAUGCUGGCAGGGCUGCAGAAGCCCAAUGAGGGCGAGGCGUUCCUCUAUGGGCUCAGCCUCACCAAGGGAGACUCGUACAUCCACUCGCUGGUGGGGCAUUGCCCGCAGAGAAACAUCCACGUGGCCGUGCUCACAGUCAAAGAGCAGCUGACCUUCUUUGCUGAGAUAAAGGGCGACCUGGACCGUCUAAGCGCAGCAGAGACAGAAGAGGGCGAAGGCGAAGGAGAGGAGGGGGAAGGCGGGGAGGGAGGGCAGCAGCUGCAGCAGCAGGGGGGCCGCGGGGGGUGGAGGCUGGGAGCGUGGCGGUUGGGGCGGGAGAAGGUGCGGCAGGCGGUGGGCGAUCUGAUGUUCGAGAUGGGGCUCCAAGGGUGGGCGGACCGGCCCGCGUUCGAGCUGUCCCCCUCGCAGCAGAGGAAGCUCAGCCUCAGCAUCGCGCUCAUCGGGGAGCCGCAGGUGUUGCUAUUGGACGAGCCAACCAAGGGCAUGGACCCCUCCUCCAAGAAACAGGUGUGGGAUCUGCUGCAGCGGCGCAAGGCGGGGCGGGUGGUGGUGUUCACCACGCACAGCAUGGAGGAGGCGGACUUGGCUGCGGACCGCAAGGCCAUCCUCUCGCACGGCCGCCUCAAGUGCUGCGGCUCCUCGCUCUUCCUGCGCAACCGAUUCGGUCUCUCCUACCUGCUGCACAUCACCAAGGGCGCGGUGUUCAAGGGCUCCAAGGUGGUGCAGUUGGUGCAGUCGCACGUGCCCGACGCCGUCCUCAUGCCCUCGUCAGGCCUGCACCAGACCGACUAUGCCACCUACUCCCUGCCCUUCCAUGCCGCCUCACACAUCCCCGCUCUCCUGCUCGACCUCUCCAGCCGUGCAGCAGAGCUAGGGGUCGAAGACGCAGCGAUGGAGGCCACGACCCUGGAGGAGGUCUUCCUCAAGUUCCAGGACGAGGACGAGGAGGCAGCCGGAGCCAUUCUAUCCGCUUCCCGGGCCGACGCGUCCGCCAUGGACUUUGUCAUGGGUAUGGGCGCCGGCGCAGGUGCUUUGGCAGAGGAGGACGAGGGGCAGUCUCUGUUGGAUUCUCCUGGAGCUUCCGACAGUGCUGCUGCUGGUGCUGGGAGUUCGGGCGAGAGGAGGCGAGAGGAGAAUGGGCGUGGGGGGGGUGGCAGUGGCGCUGGUGCUGCCAGUGGUGGCGGGAGUGGGACUACAGUGGGGAGUGCGGUGGGUGGGGCGGCGGGCCUGGUGAGUGAGGGGGCGGCGCGGGACAAGCCACUGGCUGUGUUCCGGCGGCAGGUGAAGGGAGUGUGCUUCCUCAGAGCAGCAAGUUACUGGAGGAACACCGGCAAUACUCUCAGCACGUUCGGCCUGCCUGUGAUCUUCGCCGUAGCAGCGCUCCUCAUCCAGCUCUUCGGCUCGUCUGUCACCUCCCCUUCGCUGCUCCUCACAGCCCCGCAGCUGGCUACCGACAGCGCGUACCCAGUCAUCUACUCGGCCACGUCCCCCGCCUCCGCCAUAGCGGCCAAGCAGCUGCUGGACCGCCUGGGGGAGAACCACGCGCAGCUGGGGUCGGAGCAGGCGGUGCUGGAGCGGUUUCAGACAGACGUGGCGAACGCGGAGCGGAAUGGCGUGGGCAGCAAGGCCGUGGGGGUGCUGUUCCAAGGGGUGGACAUGUCACAGUGUGCCUACAGCUUCACGCUGCUGUACCAGCCGUGGCGCAUCCACCAGGUGCCAGCAGUGAUCGCGACGCUCAACAACGCGUUCCUCCGCCUGCUGGCGGCGCAGCACGACAUCCAGGCUUCACCGCAGAGCAUCACCGUCGAGAGCUACCCGCUGCACUUCUCCUCUCCCGACUUCGUCUUUGCGUACAUUGUUGCUGCGGUUGUGGCCAUCGGGCUGCUCAUGGUGCCGCCUAUCCUCUCCGCUCAGGUGGUGGCGGAGAUGGAGUAUGGGCUGCGCACCAUGCUCAAGGUGUGCGGCAUGCGUGGCUUUGCGCUGUGGCUGGGCACAGCCGUCGUGGACUGCUUCGCAAUGUGGCUCUGCACGCUGCUCAUCACUGCUGUCGGCCUCUGCUUCCAGUCCUCCCCGUUCACUGUGCCCGCCCUGCCAGCCCUCUUUGUGGUGUUCGCCAUCACCAUCCCGGCACUCGUCCUCCUGUCCUACCUGCUCUCCUUCUCCUUCGACUCGGCCCAGCUCGCAGCCGCCACGCUCUCGCUCCUCUUCCUGCUCCUCGCCGUCAUCCCCUUCGUCUUCAUGCUCCGUGUGUCCCCCGCCUCCUUCUCCAUCCCACACGGGCUGCUCUCGCUGCUCUCCCCGCCCUACGCUCUCAUGUCCAGCCUCCACUUCAUCGCAGCAGCGUACGCGCACGAGCCCCUCACGUCCUCCCCCCUGGACAUCUACUCCCUCUCAGCCACGGACUACUACUCGCUCCACUACCCGGCGUACCCCGUGCAAGUCUCCAUGACUUCCGUCGUCAUAGCCGUUGUCCUCAUGGCGCUGCGUCUGGGGCAGCUGCAUAGGGACUGGGAGAACCAGGACGAGGAAGGGGCUGGGGAUCUCGCGGCCAUGAUGGGUCCGGGGUAUGACGAGGAGAGCGGCGACGGGGAUGUUGUGCGGGAGAAGGAGCGCGUGCAGGAGAGUGCGGCCAAGUGGGAUUUCGUGCAGAGCGGAGGCGAGGAGGGGGACCUCGUGCUCUGCAGCAGCGUUGGCAAGAACUUUGGAGCAUCGUCUGGUGUGUGUGGGAUAGGCAAGGACCCGGGAGUGUGGGCAGUGUCUAAUCUCUGGCUCGGAGUGCCACGAGGACAGGUGGUGGUGCUGGUGGGUGGGGAGAAGGCGGGCAAGACAGCGCUGCUGCAGUGUCUGGCGGGGGCGAGCUGCCUGUCGUAUGGCAACGCGCUGAUCAACGGGCAGAGCGUGCGCUUCACCAACCUCAACGACCCCUCCAUCAUCGGCUACUGCCCCCAGGCCGACAUGAUGCACGGGUUCCUGUCAGUGCAGGAGUAUCUGCACUUCAUGGCGUCUGUCAAAGGGCUGAGGGAGCCCCUGUCCGCCCCUGUCACCCACGUGCUGCAGUCCCUCGGCAUCUCCCCGUCCGAGGCAUCGCAGCGCAUAGACGCGUGUCGCUCGGGGCUGCUGAGGCGCGUGGCGGUGGCGGCAGCGCUGCUGGGAGACCCGGCGGUGCUGCUGCUGGACGAGCCUUCGCAAGCUAUGGACAUUGCGAGUCGGCGUCUGCUGUGGGGGCGCAUUCUCUCCGACGCCCCACACCGCGCCACUCUCAUCGCCACCCACUCCGUUGAGGAGGCAGAAGCCCUCGGUUCCCGCGUGGGCAUUUUAGUGCGAGGCCAGCUCAAGUGCCUGGGCUCCCCCCAGGCGCUCAAGGCGCGCUAUGGCUCCGCCUACACGCUUCUGCUCUCCGCGCAGCCCCGCCGCCUGCCAGCCAUCCGCGCCUUCCUCUCCUCCGUCGCGCCCACCUUCUCAGAGCACUACGACGACGACGCGGCUCCCCUGCCUAUCAGCAGUGACCAUGCGCCUCAUGCUUCGGACUAUCUGCAUCCAGACGCUCCUGCUCUCAUGCCUUCCGCUGCCACUGGCGGUGCUGGUGAUGCUGGUUCGUUGCUGGGAGGGGAGCACGAGGAUGUGGCGCUGCAAGGGGGGCAGGACCAGCACCAGCAGCAGCAGCUAGUGGCAUCGCCACCACCUGCAUCUGUUGUAGCUACUCCAGCGGCAGCAGCAGCCAUCACUGUGGACGAGCUGAGUAUCGAGCUUAGCGACUUAUCUCGCCACAACAGCGAUCCCAGACCAGGCCCCCCUGCCAUUCCACCUGCAUCACCAGCAGCCGGAGACACCACAGCAGCAGCAGCCGCACUAGCAGCUGCCAUUCCCACAGAAGCAGCAGCAGGUGGUGCCACUUCAGCAGCAGCACCACCACCAGCAUCACCAGCAACAGAAGCAGGCGCGGGCAGCAGCAGCAGCAGUGGUUGCGUGCAGGUGAAGUUCCUGGUACCAGUCGACGACCUCCGGGGGCUGGCUCGCGUGUGGAGCGAGCUGGAGGGGCAGAGGGCGCGGCUGGGCAUAGAGGAGAUGAGCUUCAGCCAGCCCACCCUGCAACAGGUCUUCCACCGCCUCACCAGAGUUGCCAGGGACCAGCCCCCCCGCCCCGUCGUGUAACUCCAACCCUCCUCCCCGCCCUGUCGUGUAACCCGAACCAUCCCUGCCCGUUGUGUAACUCCAACCCUCCCCGCCCUGUCGUGUGACAUGCUGUCAUUGCCUUGAGUGGACUCUAGACCAGCCCGCCCUGUGGUGUGACAUGUGACGUGCCUGGAGGCGCUUUUUCAAACUGGAUGAUCCACCUGUCCCCUGCCUCGUCGUGUGGUGGUGGGUGCCUGCCCGCCUGCAUGCAGAAGACUUGCUCAGUGUGAUGUGAUGUGGUUACACUACACUGCAUGCCCGAUGCAAUCUGGGGGCAUGUGCUGGGUUGGAGGGACAGAGGGUUGGAGGGAGGGAGGACGCUUGGGUAGGUUGCUUGUGGCGAGUCCACCGGGUAAAUGGUGUCUGUCGUGGUUUUGUCUUGCCAGUUGCUGUGGUGUUGUGAUGCAAGCCAGUAUGGCAACUAAUUUUACCGAAUUAUGUACCGUUUUGACAUUCUUCUGCUAUGCAACCGACACAUGAUCAGACCACUG